GGAGGAUGCUGCUGAGCGGUGAUAACGGCGGAGGCAAGAAGUUAGUGACGCAAACUGCGGAUGGAUUAAUGACGCAAAGAAGACACAAGAGUGGAAAUCUGAAGAAGGAACUGAUGAAAGGUGCCAAAACCAACUGAUGCUGCAGACUAAUCUGGAAUCUGGAGACACAUACACACAGAGAGAGAGAGAGAGAGAGCGAGCGACAUGGCGUCAGACAUCCCCGUCCUGACAGAGCAGGAGGAGCUGCAGAGGAGAGCCAAUCAGGUCACAGAUGAGUCCCUGGAAAGCACAAGACGGAUGAUGCAGCUGGUGGAGGAGAGUAAAGAUGCUGGAAUCAGAGCCUUGGUGAUGCUGGAUGAACAAGGAGAGCAGCUGGAGCGUGUUGAGGAAGGCAUGGACACCAUCAACAGGGACAUGAGAGAGGCAGAGAAGAACCUGACAGACAUGGCCCAGUGCUGUGGUCUGUGUGUCUGGCCAAUCAGGAAACUCAAGGCCUUUGAGGAGAGCGGGGCCUAUAAGGCAGUUUGGGGCGGAGCCUCCGGUCAGGACGGCAUCGUGUCCAAUCAGCCGCCUUCAUCGAGAGUCGUCGAUGAGCGAGAGCAAAUGAUAAUGAGCGGAGGAUACAUACGGAGGGUGACCGAUGACGCCCGCGAGGACGAGAUGGAGGAGAACCUGGCUCAUGUCGGCAGCAUCGUUGGAAACCUGAAGAGCAUGGCUCUGGACAUGGGCAAUGAGAUUCUCCUGCAGAAUGACCAGAUUGACCGCAUUCAGGGGAAGGCCAUCCUCAAUGUGUCCCGCAUCGACGCCGCCAACCAGAAAGCGAAUAAUCUCAUGAAACGAUAGAUGGAGCCCGCACUCAUUUCACUCAUUUCCUCACAGAUUCAUCCUGCUGCACCCACACUUGUUUUUUGCAUGCUGUGCCAAUGAUGACACAUAUGCUUCCAAUAUUGUUGCUGCCAUGAUAGAUUAGGGACUAAGUCUAAGUCUGUUGUUUGUCUAAGUGAUGGAGGUGUCAGUGGAUCAACAACUCCUGUGUGCUGUGAUGUAAAAUCACACAUUGUCUCUAAGGACUUUGGUUCGGGAGUGAAAGCAACACAAACCCCAUGAAUAUUUUAUGUCCAUUAUACGUUUUUGCCUAGAAGAAUUAAUAAAUUCUCUCAUCAACAGUAAGGAAUCGACAUAAAAUAAUAUGAAAAAUCUCUAAAUCAAGCCACAUCUGUCAAAUCAGUUAGGGUUGAGGGCCUAAGGUUGUAGGGAGAACACUGGGAAUGGGCCAUAGUUUUGUUGGGAUACUGUUCAUGUCUCUCUGAAGUGUGAUUUGGGAUUAUUCAGUAGCGGAUUUUACGACAAGUUAAUUUUUUUUGCUUCACUAAACAUAUCGCCUUCCUUUUGGUGGCCUCUGUCUGCGCUCACUUAGCUCAGAGGUAGAAGGCGUAAUGAUCCCUGUGGGGAAAGUGGGUUACUGCAGCAGCAGGAGCUCCUCAGUCACCAUCACCACCAACUGCAGCAGCAGAGAGCACAAUCACAGAAAUGUGUAAGAUCAAGAACUGAUUUUACAAUGUGGGGAGUAACCACAGCGAGAGAGAGAGAGAGCACAUCUAUAGGACCUAUAGGAUACGUAAAUUUGGCCUUUUUCUUCUUUUGAGUGAAAUGAGGAAUACAUCUGUUUCUAUAGACUAUAUAUCCACAUGUCUUUACUUAUAAAUAAAUCCUACACAGCUACCAGGAAGCAGUUUGUUUCACAGUGUCAAUCCAAAUGGAGAACACCCUCCCCUCCCCCUCUUCCUGGACUCUCAAAUGUUCCACUGUGCUUGAAACACGUGCAUGGUGCUGCCCUCUGCAGGCGCUGCCGGGUAAUGCCAGGGAGCACAAAAACACGCAUUGGUCACCUUAGAGCCAGAUCUCUGGCGACACCAAGCGGACAAAGGUGAAACCUGCGCUUCCUGAUCUCUUCAUCUGCUCUUCUCAGAUAAAGUGAUGGUGAAAUGACGGCGUCAUGGUGUUCAUCUUUUUAUUUUCCCUGAUCUCACUUCACCGCGUGGAAACAUGUGUUGCCAUGGCUUUUGUUGAUACUGUUAAAACUCGCGUGACUCACAAGCUCUGUUGGGAAUUCAUUUUGUUUUACUUUGUGCCAUAAUGUUGUAGGUCAGUUGUGAAUUAUGCAGACAACCAUAUGCUAAUGUUUGUGUGUUUUUUUGUAAUAAAUAAUAAAUGAAAUUCAGCAGGUGACCCAUGUUGACCCUGAAGAGGCCUCCACGUUUGAACUAGUGGUUGCGUGCAAUGAGCGUGUUUACAAGUGUUUGUGAUGAUUAAAUAUGAAAAUCACGCAUAAGAUUGCGCACAUA